GUUUCUGUUCAGCUUUCUGAGAUAAAUGCCCAUGGAGGACCCUAGACUAUUAUUCAUUCAAUGUUGCACAGGGACCUUCAAUUCAUGUGGCCCGGGAUUGACGUGUACCAUCCUGGAUUUCCUGUACUAGGCCGCCGAGGCAUACGUGCGAAUCGGUGCGACGACACCUAGUAUCGUAGCCGAAGCAUACGUGCGAUCACACCCUUAAAAGAGGAGCAGAUUGAGCAAACGUAUGCUCUCAACUUCGUCAUGACCUUCUUACCCUUGGCCAUCCUAUUACUGUUAUGCAUCCCAUUUGUUUCCUCCUCACUGCUGAGCCUCAAUGGUACCGGUGUCACCACACUCGACUGCAGUAGCUGUCCGUCCGGCGACGACAUCAGAACCUUGUGGGAUAUCAUCUGGAGUUGCGCUGCGACUCUAUUCGCAUGCGCGUGGACUGCAAUUCACCCCAAACAUCCCGGGUCUGGUCGAGGGGAAAUUUGCUAUUUCUCUCGUCGCCUAGGUAUCAUGCUGGUGAUGCUGAUUGCUCCAGAACUCAUGAUCACCUGGGCCACACUACAGUUUCUAAGUGCUCGUGACGCCGCAAAGGCCUUCAAUAAUGCCUUUGGUGCGCAACUUCACCAGGACCACAAUGACCACCCAGAUAUAGGAGAGAGCACAGCUACAUUGCUUCGUGAAUUUUCGACCUCAGAUGGAAGCAACAGUCUACAUCUGAGCGCUCCGCAUGUUGCAGGCCGUCGUAAUUUUAGAGCAUGGACUGUAACACAUGGUUUUUUCGCGUGGAUGGGUGGAUUCAUGCUCUACUUCAAAGACAAGCCGCGAGCCACUCUUACACCCGACGAACUUUUAGGCUUUGUUCGUGAUGGCUCUGUAGAAAUGCCUGUCAUCGUGGAGGCAGACAUAGAAGAUCGAAGCAAGGGUGAUGCAUUAUCCAAAGGCAUCGCCAUUCUCCAGCUGGCGUGGUUCGUCCUCCAGCUUGUUGCCCGUUACGUUCAGAAUCUUCCCGUGUCACUGCUUGAACUCGACACUCUUGCUAUAGCUGCCCUAACCUGCAUCGCCUAUGGCUUUUGGUGGAAGAAGCCUAAGGAUAUAGGACAUCCUCAUGCUGUUUAUUGGAAAGCAACUGCCCCCCUACCAAAAAAAUUAGCCUAUGACACUGUAGAUGACAGAUACGCCGAAGAUUGGACUGACCCUUUGGUCGCUAUUUCUGCUAUGCCUUUGAAUUUUAUGGGCAUAUGGCCUUCCAUUUCCCCCUAUGCUGUCCGUUCACGUCGGGUUCCAUCUGGAGGUGGCUACGACGAGGGCAGUGUCCGCCGUCAUCGAAUCAAUGUACUUCUCGUGGGAUGUUUCGGUGGGACAGUGUUUGGAGGGAUACAGUGUCUAGGAUGGAAUGAUGUGCCUCAUGCACAAGGAUUGUUGCGUGCGGCUUCCCUUGCGAUAGUAGCUGUGCCGGCAUUUACUGCUCUGCUGCUGGCCUACAUUUGGCUGAAUGGUUCAAACACGGUUAUCGUACUUGGUGCUACAUACGCCAUCCCUGCCAUAUAUGGCAGUGCACGUGGUCUACUAUUGGCAGCUAUAUUGGUAAACUUACAAUCACUUCCUCCUGGCGUAUAUGACACAGUAGCUUGGACUAAGUUUAUUCCACAUUUGUAGUUUCCUUUUUACUUACAUCAUGAUUCGUGAUCAUAAUCAUGAACUUGCUGCCUCUUGUGAUCAAAGAUGCAAGCACAGUUUGG